AUGGCUUCUCCUCGCCCCGCCUCUCCUCUUACCUCCGGUGCCGAAUCCGGCCCUGAUUCGAAGUCCGCCGGUGCUGGCGCUGCCGCCUCGGGCUCCAUCAGCCGUCCUUCCUCGCCUACUCCCCCCGGUGGCCCUCGCGCUGCUAUGCGCCGCCGGGCCGCCGCCGACCACAAGGAGUCUCUGCGCAAUGCUCGUCCCAGCUCCACCCGUUCGGCCGGCGCCGGUGGCUCCUCUGGCACCAUGCUUAAGCUCUACACUGAUGAGAGCCCCGGUCUGCGUGUCGACCCCGUCGUCGUGCUGGUGCUGAGUCUGGGCUUCAUCUUCUCCGUCGUUGGUCUUCACGUCAUCGCCAAGAUCACCCGCAAGUUCUCUGCCUAA